AUGAGUAAAGGUCAAUUUAAGACUCAAGCAUCUAGUAGCCGUGUUGCCAUUUCAGGUCAUGAAGGAUUUGGGAGUGGAGCACAUAGCAGCUCAUUAUCUUACCUUACAAAACAUAUCGACCUCUCUGGAAUUGACUGUCCUCACAUAGUUGUUGCGUUCAAAAACCUUAGUAGAAAGGACGAUACUACAAGGUCAAAAGCUUUGCAGGACCUACAUUUCCAUAUAAAUGCACAAAUAACGGAAAAAAAUGAGGUCGAUGUUGCGGUUAUUCAGGCCUGGGUCCAGAUUUAUCCUCAGUUGGCCAUAGAUUCCCAUCGAACGGUUCGCGAUCUCUCACAUACAAUACUGCAUGAUUUACUGAGAUCGUCACGAAAGCGCAUGUCAGCUCGUGCUUCAAAAUUUGUGGGUAGCUGGCUUGCUGGUCAAUUUGAUCGUGAUCGUGCCGUGGCAUCAAAUGUCUCCAAAAAACUAGAUUUACUGUUACAGACCAAAGAAAAACGUGUAGCCUUUUAUGCUUGGCACCAGGCAUCCGCACUUGAUUAUAUUUACAAGGCGCUUCAGGAAAGCCCCGAAACACUAAGUGAUGAGCGAUUGAUCAGUAAAGAGGAUAUGUUGGCCAAAUAUUACGCUGUCCUUGGGUCAUCUAUCUCACUGUUAAUCGACUUAUUACGGACUCUAGAUGUAGUGGAAAUCAGUAAAAUCCAGGAGAAUUACGAAAGAAUUUUACUGGACAAAAAAACUUGGAACCUAGUGACCCGGGAAGAUGGUCGUCUAUGCAGACUAGUUUCCGAAUUGCUCACUAUAUGUUGCCAAAAGCAGCGCCAUCUUGUAUCAAGUAAUCUUGAUAUCAUAUCCAGGGCUUUUAUUGCCAAAGCACUACUAACACCACAACAAGGCACUGCUUCUGCAAUUCUUGAUGCUCUUCAGAUCGUAACAAUAGAAUUUCCACAGAUAUGGGAGGUAAAUCAUAGUAAAAGAAAAGCUCGCAAAGCUGCUACAAAAGACUAUCUUUCAGAGCUCAAGGCUCUUAUGGCAGCUGGAUGUCGGAUUGAGUCAAAUAAUUUUUGGAUAUCACUAGAGCGGCUCAUUCAAGCCCUACCCCAUCAGGUUCUCCCGCACAGUCUUGAGGGAGCUAUCGAGCUUCUCCAAAAUCUAGUGUCUGGGAUCUCUCGACGAAAAAUCAUAACUAAAGACUGGAACUAUGCAUGGAAUUGCUAUUUAAAUACAGCUGAAAUCUUAACUAACUGCUUAACAAAUAAUGACUCUAAAUACUGCCUUUCAAAGUCUACGCUGUUUCCAAUAUUUCACAAGUAUUUCAAUAAUUUCCUUAUAUCGGAACAACCAGCCAGUCACCAGAACCAUCAAGAAAGCAUAGUUAUUGAUGCUGAUGUUGAUGUUGAAUCUGCUGUACAGGCGUACAACAUCUGCUUGCGGCAUAUUAAGAAUGAGUCUCUUUUCGCUGAUGAGUGGAAGCUGAUGAGUAAUGAGUUUAUAAAAAAAAUGAAAACCUUGCCUGGGAGUCAAAAAGAACAUGACAAUCCAAAUCAAAGCUUAGUUGUAGCUCUUGGUGAACUUUGGUUCAAUCUAUUAGCGGAAGCUUUGAAACAUCAUGAGAGCGAUCGCGAUUAUGUAAAUGAUGUUGAUCCAUUGUUCUCACAAUCAGAGGAGAUUAUACAGGAAGCGCUUCCGAUUAUGAUCAACAAUAAUGGGGAGCCAUAUCAAAUUGCAAAGAUCCUAGAAACUUCAAUUUCCCUCUCACCUACUAUGUUUACUUCUAGUGCUCGCGGUCUAGCCAUUGUUGAAAAAAUUGUUACGACUCAUUUACCCAAACUUCUCGAUUCCGCAUCUGGAGAAUUUCUUAUUAAAAUAAUUUUUCAGCUACCCACUCUACGCGGUCUAGAAAAACACUUCGAAUCUACCUGGAUGAGACUCGUUGAUCUUAUAAUUCCCUCUACUGGAACCCCAUCAGUGACUUGCCAUCUCAAUAUUGCUGCCAAAUUGAUUGCAGAUAAAGUAGUGGCCCCCUUCGCUCAAAAACAUCAAGGCUUACAGACAUUUAUUAUGGAACAAAUUAAUUUUCUUGCACUUGGAAAGCCAUGCAGUGAGCCCCUCGUAAUCACUGCGUUUAAAUUUGAAGCUCUUUCUGAGUCUUCAGCCAUUAAAAUAAGAGACCUCAUGAUGGAAUAUUUGGAUAGUGAUAAUGAUUACAAUGGUAUAAUAUAUGUCAUAGAGCUAUUGAAUAAUCAUAUGCAUUAUUUGGUGGAUGAAAAGAAUGAUAAACAUUUAGAUAUCCUCAUGAGACUGCUAUCAAUCAAAGAAAAACUCUCACUCGAGCACUUAAUCGAUGAUGAACUUUUUGAUUUAGUACAGACACUUAUGGCUAAAAUUACGGGCGAGAGUUAUUUAAAUUCGACGUCGCGAUUAAUAUUGACCGACUUGAAUCAGAAAGAAAUAAGUUUACAAAAAAUUUCUGUUGGAUAUCUGAUCGAUGAAGCUAAAGAACUAAUCCAAAAAAAUUUGGAGUCAGGUUUACAGAAUCGCCUACUGCCAAAUACUGAAGAUUGGCUUGAUUCUUUGACUGAGUCUCUAGAUAAAUUACCUUGUUCUGCAUUUGCAUCAUCAUCUGAAUUUGGCAGCAUCUCCUAUCUUAUUCUUGGCGAUUCUAUUGUAAAAGAGACUACAAGAACACCCUUUGAGGAUUAUCAUUUGUCCACAAUGCCACUUCGUAAUGCCAUCUUCACGGCAGAACUCUUCCAGUGGUUUUGCGAAGGCCUAAAUAUGGGGGCCCAAAUGAAUCUUCUCAAAGCUCUUAUACUCACAUGUGAAGUAACUUCUUUAGAUUCAUAUCUUCAAAAUGAUUAUUUGAUGGGCUCGGAGAUCUCACAACCUGGGUUAAACCUCGUUUCUCAUUUUUUAUCUCAAACAAACAGCCUUCUGCAUGAAUUUGCUAGGAAGGCUCUUGGAUGGCCUGAAGUUCAAAGCGACGUAACAACGGGAAAAAAUAAGACAAAAGAUGAAUGUAAAAUUUUCAACUCCAAUGAGCUUGGUAGUCAUAGAAGAAUCAUGGAGAGAUUAAUCCUCGGUUUCCUGGAAACUUGCGAGCUUCGUCAAACAGAAUCAUUUUUCGCAGCCAAAGCCUUGAUACGCGUCUUGAAUACUUUACUCGAAGAACUACACUGCAGUAUAGAUCUUCUCGAAGAUUGGAUCUCAACUCUUGAUGUGAUUAAACCUUCUACAACUAAUAUAAUGGGAGCCGUUGCGAUUUUAAUUGGAUUAGGCCAGCGUGGAAAAUCGAGUAAAGUUAUCAGAAAUCUAUGCAAUCACCUCGUUAGCAAUGUUCCUACAAUAGCAUUGAACUCUGAGGAUACAAUGGAGAAAUUAAUAUUUUUAAACGCAUGUCUAUGUGUGUAUGAUGGCGAAGAGUUACCUGUUGUUCAAAAUCGACUGGUGUUUGCUGUCAAACAUGUAGUUUCCUGGUUAAAAGAAAUUACAGACGUUAGGAUAGCAUCAGAGGUUUGCCGAUUGCUUCGAAGACUUCUACCAUCUAUUAAGAAUGUAUAUGGUUCUUACUGGGAGGCAACUCUACAAUAUUGUGACUCGAUCUGGACCAAACAAAAAACCACACCACUUUGCAACGAGAAUCUUGCUGUAAUAUCGGCAUCUCUGAAGCUUUUUUCGGAGAUGAAGAAUAUAAUUGACCCAAACGAUGAUCUUAUAGAAGCUCUCCAUGACCAUGACAAAAAAAAUAUAUGUCAUCUCCUAGACUUUUUAUUCCUGGAGAGGCCUGCAACCCAUAAACCUCUCCAAGAAGUCGAUAAGACACUUGCUCAGUUGAUAUUUAGUAUCCCAACCGAGGAAAUUGAGGAUUUUAACGUAUUUUAUCCACUACUGGCAUCAGAAAAUUAUUGGAUCCAAUCAUCCGCGUUUGUACUUAUACAAAAAUGCUUGCCAAAUCUACAACAGCAAAUUUCAAUCGAUCAUGUUCUUGAAAAUAAAGCUGUGGAAUUUCCACCUGAGCUUUUAUCUUUUAUUAUUACUACCCCGGACCGCUUUGACCUGAAUUUGAUAUCAGAACUUACGAGUGAUUCCUCCUUAAAGUUCAUGGCAUCUACACGAAGUUACUUGCUUGCUUGGCUGCUAAUCUUUGAGAUGUAUGCAGCAUCUUCAUUUAAAGUUCGAAGCGAAUUUAACGACAUCUUGCAGUCCCAAAAAUGCAUAGGGCCCCUAUUGGACUUCAUUUUUGACACACUGGGUCAGUAUGACGACGGGCGAAUCCACAUUAAAAAAGAGAACUUAACAACUAUGAAAAUUCGGAAAUACGAUUUGCAAUCCUCUAUCGAUAAUAACAAUUUCCAAAAUGACCUCACUUGGAUAUUAGUCAGCCUAUAUUUUCAGGCACUAAAGUACGCGCCAAGUAUUGGGAAAAGCUGGUGGUUAAAUACCAAAAAGCAAACAAGAAAUAAUGUUUGCGUGUGGACCAAAAAUCUCAUAUCACCUCUUCUUGUGGAAGAGGAGCUUGAUGAAGUUACCGCCUGGGCCAAGGAUCAGAAAUCUCUCGAUGGUGAAAAAGAAUUAAUCAUCAAGGUAGCGAAAAAAGUCAGUGAGGUCUCAGCUAGCUAUGAAAUAGAUGAAAUGGUCAUGGAAAUUCGAAUUCGAAUACCGGAAGAUUUUCCUCUAGGGUUGGUCCAAAUCGAAAGCGUGAGCCGUGUAGGGAUAUCCGAACAAAAGUGGAACAGCUUUAUAAUGACAACUCAUGGAAUAAUUAACUUUUCGAACGGUUCUAUUAGUGACGCACUUCUUAUAUUCCGCAAGAAUAUAACAGGGGUGCUUAAAGGGCAUGUCGAGUGUGCAAUUUGCUAUUGUAUCAUGUCGGCGGACCGAAAGGUUCCUGAUAAAAGGUGUGGUACUUGCCAUAAUCUUUUUCAUUCCAAAUGUCUGUUCCAAUGGUUUAAGUCUAGUAACCAAAGUACUUGCCCGCUUUGUCGAAAGCAGUUCAACUACUAA